CCUCUGUCAUUGCUCUUUCGUCCUUGCCAAGCCGUUUCUCGCCUUCUGAGACUCUUCUUCGCCUUUCAAACUUCUAUUGCUUCGACUUCCCUCUCGGGCGCCUCUUUCCUCCAUCUAUUGUUAGGCAUUUACCUCCUCCAAGAAUGGCCGAAGCUUCAUACACUGUGGCAUCUGACAGUGAAGCCGCCGGGGAGGAUAAGUCAUCAGCUUUUCCUGAAAUUGCCAUUGGAAUCGACAUUGGUACAUCACAAUGCAGUGUAGCUGUGUGGAAUGGAUCUGAAGUGGAGCUUUUGAAGAACAUAAGAAACCAGAAGAUUAUGCGAUCAUAUGUGACUUUUAAAGAUGACGCCCCUUCUGGAGGAGUUAGCAGUCAACUUUCUCAUGAACAUGACUUGCUAACUGGAGCUACAAUCUUCAACAUGAAACGCUUGAUUGGAAGAGUUGAUACAGACCCAGUUGUCCAUUCAAGUAAAAAUCUCCCGUUUCUGGUGCAGACUUUGGAUAUUGGUGUACGUCCUUUUAUGGCAGCAUUAGUGAACAAUAUGUGGAGAUCCACCACGCCAGAAGAAGUCCUCGCUAUCUUUCUUGUGGAACUAAGAGUGAUGGCUGAAGCUCAGCUGAAACGACCCAUAAGAAAUGUAGUCCUCACAGUUCCAGUUUCAUUCAGUCGAUUCCAGCUCACCCGGAUAGAACGGGCUUGUGCUAUGGCUGGCCUUCAUGUUCUCCGGCUGAUGCCUGAACCAACUGCUGUGGCUUUAUUAUAUGGACAGCAGCAGCAGCAGAGUUCUCAUGAGAAUAUGGGUAGCGGAAGCGAGAAGAUUGCUUUGAUUUUCAAUAUGGGUGCUGGUUAUUGUGAUGUUGCUGUGACUGCUACGGCUGGAGGAGUAUCACAGAUAAAGGCCUUGGCAGGAAGUACCAUCGGGGGAGAAGACUUGCUUCAGAAUAUGAUGCAUUAUCUGUUACCAGAAUCUCAAGCUCUGUUCGAUACCCGUGGUAUCAAAGAAAUCAAAUCCAUGGCCUUGCUCCGAGUUGCAACUCAGGAUGCAAUUCAUAGGCUAUCCUCUCAAACCAGUGUGCAGAUUGAUGUAGACUUGGGAGAUGGUCUGAAGAUAAACAAAGUUAUAAGCCAGAGCGAGUUUGAGGAAGUGAACAAAAAGGUGUUUGACAAGUGUGAAAGCCUCAUCAUCCAGUGUUUGCAAGAUGCCAAGGUAGAGGCUGAGGAUGUAAACGAUGUGAUAGUCGUUGGUGGAUGCUCUUAUAUUCCGAAGGUAAAGAAUCUUGUGGUUAGCAUGUUUAAUGGUAAGGAACUUUACAAAGGUGUGAAUCCUCUGGAAGCUGCUGUUCGUGGUGCAGCAGUUGAGGGAGCUGUGGCUUCAGGUAUCAAUGAUCCCUUUGGGAACUUAGACUUGCUAACUAUCCAAGCCACACCUCUAGCUAUAGGGAUCAGAGCUGAUGGAAACAACUUUGUUCCUGUGAUACCAAGGAAUACAACAGUGCCAGCGAGGAAGGACAUGGUUUUCACAACCUGUCAUGAUAACCAAACUGAGGCUUUGAUCAUUGUGUAUGAAGGUGAGGAAAAGAAGGCUGAAGAGAAUCAUUUGUUGGGAUACUUCAAAAUAGUAGGAAUUCCCGAAGCACCGAAAGGAGUUCCGGAGAUCAAUGUGUGCAUGGACAUAGAUGCUGCAAAUGUACUGAGAGUGUUAGUGGGUGUUGUGAUGCCAGGAUCUCGGCAGCCGGCAAUUCCAGUCAUGGAAGUGAGGAUGCCAACUGUUGAUGAUGGCCAUGGUUGGUGCGUUGAGGCCUUGAAUAGGAAGUGUGGUAAUACACAAGACUUGAUUACCGUCCAGAAGAAAAGCAUAAACUGAUACAUCAUGUCUUCUUUCCCUCUUCCCCUUUUAACUGGUUUUUCAGUGUUUCAGAUACAUGCUUUUUAGCGUCUGAUGUUUGUAAAAUGGGGUUCUGUGUCUCUGAUCUCACAAGUCUGUAAGUAAAUAUUCCAUAUGUGAUGACAUAAUAAAAGCUUAACUGAGUGUGAAUUUC